AUGGCAUCCCGAGCCUACUCCGAUGAGUUCAUCUUCUGUGUUUUCCUUCCGUGGCUGGCUAUUUUCUGCAGCCUCAGCGUGCAGAGUGCUGCCCUUUGCCCUGCAGAUGUUGCAGUGGAGUUCUUGAGGGCCCACUGGGGUGAUGCCAGGGAUUUCUGGAGGAAAUGGGGUGACUUGGGCGAUGAUAACUGCAUAAGACGAUUUGCUGGCAAUGGGAUUAGAACUCUUGCGGAAAAGCUGGUAGAGGAUUCUAAGAUUACGGUCAAGUUAGCGACCGAAGUGGACAACCUGGAAGCUCUAUUGAGUGUUUAUGAUUAUGUGGUGGUGGCCACAGAAGCGCCCACUGCCGCUAGGCUACUUGAGAGUAUCGAUGCUGAGAGGGCCGCUCUGUUGAAGCGGUUGAAGCACGAGCGUAGUGUGGUCUGGAUGCACAGAGACCUCCGCAUGCUCCCCGAGGUGACCAACACUUCAUGGCGUUCUGGACUUAAUCUCUUCAUCGAUUCCUCUGCUGCUGCCAAUUGGAAACCGUUAGUCACUACCAAGCCGAUCAACGCAUAUGUAUCAGUGUAUCUACCCUCAUGCGACGCUGAACUGAAGAGUGAGACAGAAAGCAACGGGAAGGAUGUGGUAAUCCAGACGUGGGCACCACUUGGAUUGGUGUCACCAGAGCCUAAAGAGCUCCUUCGCAAGGCGUCCUACUUCACUCGUCCUGUUCUUACAACAGACUACUUCAACAUAGUAUCUACCUUGGUUAAGUCCAACGGGCGACAUAGAACAUAUCUAGCUGGCAGCUAUAGUUAUGCUGGCAAUAGGAAGAUACCUCUCUUGGAGAAUGCUAUGCUAUCGGUAUGA